AACCAGGAUGAUCCUAAGGGGGGGGGUUACAACUACCUGAAAGUGGGGCGUUACAACUACUGGAAGGUCUCUGAGGGCUAUGGUGUUAAGCGUAUAGAGCUCAAAGUACAUCCCAAUGGGGGGGGUUACAACCCCCAAAACCCCCCCCUGGUUACGCCUAUGGUAUCUAUGUAAUAUUUUUUAAAUAACUUUGGUCCAUUUCGUCGAUUCGCCCCAACUUUUUAAAUGAUCCAUUUCGCCGAUUCAAGUUUAUAAUAGGCAACCCAAAUUACACGGCGCAAAGUAGUGGGUCAGGAUUUAGUUGCAAAUAUCAAAAUUUGUCAAAUGUCAAACAACAUCUCACAAAAAACAAAAAUCGCAGUCAGAAAUGCAAAUGCGUCUGCGUCGCGUGUUGUUUGUUUUUGUUUGUUUAAGCAACUUUAAUCUAGUUAAAUCUAAGACACACUUUUAAACGACAGAGGAAAUAAUUAUGUUGGAGGAAACUUUAUUACAUUUAAAGCCAAGAAUUUGGCUUUGGUUGGACUCUGGAUUGGAUCCAUCUGUAUCUGUUUAAUGUUAGGAAGAUGCAAAAGAAAUUAGGAGAUAAGGCAUUCUUAUGAAGUAGUAGUUGUUAGUAAGAGUCACAUUGAAGAUUGGUGCAUCGGAUGGACGCAUUGGAUCAACGCAUCGGAUGGAUGCAUCUGCUUCAAUGUGGUAAGCAUUCGACCUACUGAUCCAUUCCAACAACACCAAAAAACUGCUUACUGAAGCAAUGAAGAAAACAGAAAAGACAUCAUUUGAAAACGUUUUUAUUAUGGGUUCGUCUACAUUCUAUAGUUGUUACAAGCUAUAGUCACCUUUUGUUUUUUUUGGAAUGGUUUGGAUAACAAUAAGAUAACUCAAGCACCAUUACCUAACCUUACCGUCACCAGCAUAGCAGCCGUUUUUGCUUUAUUCCCAACAGACUUCCAAAUUCGUUGGAUUUUGGUAGCGCCUUGAAGGAACACCCUUAUAGGACCUUUUUUUUGUGGAAACUUCUGUUUGAUAAGUUUCUCUGGAGUUGUAGCAGUGCAUUGCAUCUAUUUUCACGACUGGACGGACAAACAAACAUUACUGGUAUAAGUAUUCACUCGAACAUUAGCUUGAGGACAGAGAGUAAGUUAAGCUUUUCCUACGUUAUCAUAUCUCAUUCUCAAGUAUAGCUCCUAGUUGUGUAACAUGUCAGCGUUUAAGGUAGAGCAUCUGUUAGCUCCUGAGUUGGAAUAUGAGUUGAGAGUCCGUCAAUUAAAUGAUCCAUCAAUAUCAACAGUUGAUCAGAAAAGGGUAACAUUGAGAGGUGCUUUGACGCAAACUUCAGCGAACCGAAGUCAUGCUGUUCUGUCAGCUUCCCAUCUUAGGUUUAGUGAGGAGAUUCUUGAAAUUGAAGUUACUCUUACAGAUCUCAAGGCCAAAAUUAGUUCUUUUGUUGGUUCCUCCAGUGAUACUGCUUAUGGUCGCUAUACUUCUCGGUUGGGUCAUGUUGCAGGUAGAGUCCAUCUGUUGGAACCUACAACAGAGGAAGAGGAGGCAGUGAAGAAGUCCCUUAAUUUCAGGAUUCUUGCUCUGGAGGGUGAACUUGAUUUCAAAGUGACUCCACAAGCUCACUUCACCCCUCAUAACACUAGUGUAUCAGUAAACUCCUUUCCUUUCAUGAAGUCUGCUCCUAUUCAUAAAUGGGGCAUACAUUUUUCAGGUAAACCUAAUGAAAACGUUGUUAGUUUUUUGGAAAAGGUAGAGUGUCUGCGUAUAGCACGUGGGAACAGCGAGGGUGAGUGUUACUCCGCAGCUGGUGACUUGUUUAGGGAUUCAGCCUUUACGUGGUACCUCAAUAAUCGAGGUAGUUUUGCUUCAUGGCCAGAGUUAGUUGCCAAAUUAAAGUCAGAUUUUCUUCCUUAUAACUAUGAAGACAAUUUAUUGGAUGAAAUUAAGUCACGGAAACAAGCUGCCCAGGAGAAAGUCACUAUUUUCAUCAACGAGAUUGUUAGUUUAUGUAAACGUUUGGAGGUUCCUCUGUCUGAGUCACACAUUGUCCGGAUUAUUAAGAAAAAUUUGUUGCCAUCUUAUCAUUCGAGUCUAGCACUCACUGAUAUUCCCUCGAUUGCAGAUCUUACUGAAAAAUGUAAGAGGUUGGAAGAAGUUUUGUCAUGGUCUUCUGACACUGUGUCUAGUGUCCCUAGUCGGUCAAAUAUUAGAAAUCACGAAUCAUCCUAUUCGGGCAGGCAAAAUUAUUCUCGUUCUUGUAAUGUAUCUACCUUCAACUCCAGAAUUACCUGUUGGAAUUGUCGUCAGCCAGGACAUGGGUAUUUUGACUGUUCUGAACCGAGAGGGUUGUUUUGCUAUGGAUGUGGACGUCAAGGAGUCCGUAAGUUUGAGUGCGAAUUCUGUUCGGGAAACGACAGAAGGGGUGGGUCGUCUCCCCUGGCUCCCACUCCCCAUCAAAAUACAGGGAAUACCCUAGAAAAUCCUCAAGACCCAGGAACCAGUUUCUCGAGUCAGGAGGCCCAUGCCUCAACCCCUCAAACAUCCCAACCUCCACCAAAAGACAAAAGACCACGGAACGGCAGAUACCAACCGAAAAGAGGACGUUAG